AUGGACAAAUUAGAGGAGCUUUUCCUCCCACAAGAUAUAGCUCUGAUAACGGCAAUGGUACCAACUCAAGUUUUGGAAGAUGAUUAUGUUUGGGCUUUCAAUAAUAAUGGGGAUUAUUCAGUGAAAAGUGGUUAUUGGUUCAUUACCAAUCACCCUCUUCUUCCUCCAGUUGAGAAUAUUGCCCAAAAUGCAGAGAUUAAUAUGCUUAAAAGGAGAAUAUGGAAUCUAAAAACUGAGCCAAAAAUCAAGCUUUUCUGUUGGCGUGCUCUUUCUGGUGCUUUGGCUGUGGCAGAACGCUUAAGCACACGGGGAAUUCCACUUGACACAAAUUGCCAAAUUUGUGGUACAACUACAGAAACGAUAUGUCAUGUUCUGUUUUCUUGUGCCGUCUCAAGUCGUAUAUUAGGCUUAGCAUUAGUUCCAGCUCCGGACCAAGGUUUUUCUUCAACAUCCUUGCUCACAAAUUUCUCUCAUCUGUUGAAUGUAAUCGAGGACAAGCAUAUACCAGAGCAAACUCGAAUAUCAAUUCCAUGGGUUUUAUGGGCAAUCUGGAAGAAUCGUAAUCGUACGAUCUUCGAAGGAAAGGUAUGGAAUUUUCAAGCUUUAGUUCAAAAAGCGUAUGAAGACGCAAUGCAUUGGACAAUGGUGAAUACGCAGCCUUCGACAUUAUUCUCUCGGCAAUCAACUCCAAUUUGGAUGGAGAAAAAAUGGAGGAAACCCCAAACAGGUAUUCUUAAAUGCAAUCUGAAUUCUUCUUGGAUAAAUAAAGAAUCAAUGUGUGGAGGAGCUUGGAUUGUCAGAGAUCAUAUAGGGCAAGCUAAACAUCAUGCAAGAGAUGCGUUUACGCCAAUUAGAGAUCGAACAGGGGCUGAGCUGCGCUGCAUUUUAUGGUCUUUGAAAGCUUUGCAAGAUAUUCACGUCUCUAAGGUGAUAAUGGAGUUGGACUAUGCAGCUGCCGUUAACGCCGUUUUGCAGCCGUCCAAAUGGCCUUUCUAUAGAAAUUGGUUAACACAAAUCCAUGAAGUUGCUGCUGCAUUUGAAUCUUGUACAUUCCGUCACAUUGCCACAAACGCAAAUCUGAUCGCGCGAUCCAUUUCUCGGAGUGUGAUUCGAGACAGAAGGUUUCAGUCUUACAUAGCACUUGGAGAGCCUUCAUGGCUUCACAAUCAAGUGUUUGAGGAGAGCAAAGUUUAA